CUUGCAAAGGUCCGGCAACAAAGGCUCAGAGCUCUGGGCUUGCCUGCCGCCUCCACUGGUGGGGCCUAAAGGCCGAGCAUCGUGAUCGGCAACCUCAGCAAGUGCCUGGUCCACUGGUGCAUCCAGUGCCCGAUGUUCAGCCAACGCUGUCGGUACCAGCUGUUCACAUGCACAAGCGUCUCGCCUGGGUCUGAUCCUGCACACAACCCUCAAGAGAAUGGCAAUCCAUCAGUGCUCGGUGAGGCCAUGCGCCUUGCUUGAUAUGCUCCUGCUCACCCUCUUACCUGUGCUCAAUUCUGUACUCGUCACAGAUGAAGAGGCUGCUCUACUGUCCAAAACAGCUCAAGAAGUAAUUUGCUUUUCCCGAACCUUUGAGGAUCUCACCUGUUUCUGGGAUGAGCCACCACAUGUGGAAAGGGAAUAUCGAUUCUACUAUACAUACAAAAGAGGAAGAAGCCAAGAGUGCACUCUGAUGCGAGUGGAACACAGCGGCGGAGGCUGGCGCCAUAUUUGUAUCUUUCCCAGUGACCAUCGUGGCAUCCAGCUGUUCAAAGAACUCUGCGUUGAGGUGUUGGACAUCAUUAGCAAUCACACCAUAUUAUCUCAGAAACUCUCAAUAGACACUGUUGGUCUCAUUGCUCCACCAAUGAAUAUAACGGCUGUGUGGCCUCGGGUGGCACGACAGUUGCAUGUAACCUGGGUUCCCCCACCCAUCAGCUAUGUGGAGUUCUUGGCCUAUGAGGUUCUUUAUGGUGUUGAAGGUGCCAGGGAGCCACCAUCAAGGAUUGAAGUGAGGAACAGUCUUGCAUAUCACCUCAGGGAUCUGCUCCCUGGGCAACGGUAUCUUAUCCAAGUCCGCACUAAGCCUGAUGGCCUCUCUUUUGAUGGGCUCUGGGGACCCUGGUCUCCAGCAGUGUUAGCAGAGACAUCCCAUCUUCCUGGGGAAAUUGGGCUGCACUGCUUCACUCCAGACUUGCGUCUACUGCAUUGCUGGUGGGACUGGAAUCCCAUGAAGCCUGGCCUCCUGUACUGGGCAGAAGACAACAGCAAUGCAAGAACACAAGCAUGGAAGAAGUGUGAGGAAGAGAGAACUAAGCCCUCCAUUUACUUCCAUUCUCAUGUCUGCAUCUUCCAACCUAGCAACACUAGUUACAUCUCAGUCUUGGUGAUUGUCAGCCAGGGUCAGCAAGAGGUCAACUAUUUUGAAGAGCCAUUUCAACUGCAUCACGUAGUGCUCACUGCACCACCAAGGAUCCUGCAAACCACCGUAGACAAAGGUAUGCUGAAGCUGGAGUGGGCUCCACCUCUGGAAGAGUUAGCUGAGCACAUGGUGUAUCAGAUACAGUAUGCAGUGAAAGACACCUUGAAAUGGAAGACUCUGCAGGUGCAGCAUUCAAACAACAGUGAAAUCCACCUACCCACUGGGGGUCACUAUUGCCUUCAGCUGCGUACUCAGCCAGAUGGACAGAAGUUCCGAGGGCGGUGGAGUGCCUGGUCAGAAUUUGUGUGCAUUGAAAUCCCAUCUGGUACAGGUUCAACCAUCUUGAACGUGGCAGUUGCACUGUUGCUCUGUACAGGACUUGUGCUGGGGCUGGGCUGCACCUGCCUUUCCAUUUACAGCAGUGUGAAACAAAAGCUCUGGCCGCCCAUCCCCGAUCUUCACCAUGUCCUGGAUGGAUUCCUUGAGGAUAAUGGCAAGCAACAGCAACAACAGCACCCUGUUCCUAUGGCACAGUUCCUGUUUGAGAGUGAUUUGCAUGGGCUGUUGAAGUUGGAUGCUCCUAUACCCAAUGUGCCCCCUGCACGAUGGCAGCGCAAAGCCAAGGAGGCUGCUGCUGGCAGCACUGGAUCUGCCUCAGACAUCACAGCUCUUUCACCUAUGAAGCCAGCUAACAGGUCUCAUAGUACCAGCAAGACCCCUUCCAAAACACCAGGCAAGUCGGGUUCCAAAGUACAAAACACUCCAAACAAAACUGGAGGGGAUAGGUACAUCCCUAAUCGCAGUGCUAUGCAAAUGGAUGUGGCCAAUUUCCUCUUGAGCAAAGAUGACUCCUCCGAUGAGACACCCACCAAGAAGGAGCAUCAGAAGGCCUGGGCAAUGAAUCUUAAUGGCUUUGACAUAGAGGAGGCAAAAAUUCUACGGCUCAGUGGAAAGCCCCAGAAUGCCCCUGAAGGAUACCAGAACAGUCUCAAAGUGCUCUACAGCCAGAAAAACACACCAGGCUCCACUCGAAAGAAUGGCAGAUACAUAGCCUCCAUGCCAGACCGGAUUCUGGAUGCCCCAGACAUUCGCAAUGACUACUAUCUGAACCUCAUUGACUGGAGCUCCCUCAACUUCUUGGCUGUGGCUCUGGAUAAAACGGUGUAUCUUUGGAACUAUGAUUCCCGAGAAAUAAUUCAGCUUAUGCAAAUGGAACAGCCAGAUGACUACAUCUCCUCUGUGUCAUGGAUUAAAGAGGGAAAUUAUCUUGCUAUUGGCACAAGUAAUGCAGAAGUGCAGUUAUGGGACAUCCAGCAGAAGAAGCGACUACGAAACAUGGUCAGUCAGUCAUCCCGUGUGAGUUCCCUGAGUUGGAACAGCUACAUCCUGUCCAGUGGGUCACGGACAGGUCACAUCCAUCACCAUGACGUUCGUGUGGCAGAGCACCAUGUGGCAACACUUGCUGGCCAUACCCAAGAAGUGUGUGGGCUCAAGUGGGCACCUGAUAGCCGUUACCUAGCCAGUGGGGGAAAUGACAACCUGGUAAACAUCUGGCCUGCUGUCCAAGGAGACAGUGGGUCCACUCGUCCUGUACAGACCUUCACGCAACAUCAAGGAGCUGUUAAGGCAGUGGCUUGGAGUCCGUGGCAGUCCAAUGUGCUGGCAACAGGAGGUGGAACAAGUGACCGGCACAUCAGGAUAUGGAAUGUGUGCUCUGGUACUUGCCUUAAUGCAGUGGAUGCACAGUCCCAGGUGUGUGCAAUACUUUGGUCCACAAAUUACAAAGAACUUGUUUCUGGUCAUGGCUUUGCCCAGAAUCAGCUUGUGGUGUGGAAAUACCCAUCCAUGUCCAAGGUUACUGAGCUGAAAGGUCACACUGCUAGAGUGCUAAGCCUGACAAUGAGUCCAGAUGGGUCUACAGUGGCAUCCGCAGCAGCAGAUGAAACAUUGAGACUUUGGCGCUGCUUUGAGCUUGACCCAGUUCGUAAAAGGGAGAAAGAAAGCAGCACCAAGAGCAGCAUUAUCCACCAAGGCAUUCGCUGAGCCUGGUCCACCCCUCUUCAAAUCUAUUGCUUUAUGUACAGAAUUUUUAACAAUUAAUAAAUAUUUCACUCUCCCUCUAGAAAUGGUGUUGGUAUAUGGGUUGAUGUUUGGGUGUGACCUGUGACAUAAUAGGAGAAAGUGCAUUUAAGCUGGCUACCUGCAAGGACUUGGGCUGUAUACAAUGUAAUAAAACAUAACUUUCCAUC